ACGUGAUUCAAAUUGUGAACGGUAGCUGAGAUUAAGAGCUACAACAUAUCUAAGUUUCGCGACAUUCCAACAGCUAGUUUUUUGUCAACGUCGUUUCUUGUGAAGACGACUUUUCUGUCCAGAAUUUCGGAUUUAUAUUUUGAGUAAUUAUAGCUCCUAAGUUCACCUAGACUCCGUCUUUAAUCCUAUCAACCUCCUCUUCCAUUCCUCCCAUGUUGUUGUACGCAUCUAGGUUCUACUGGUCAGUGAGGAUACGGGAUAUUAUGCCUCCUUCGGCAGUGCUCCAUGUAGUGGUGGCACCAGUCUGGUCCAAGACUAUAUGAUACGACAGUGACAAACAUGUCAUCAUGGAAGUUUCAUCCACUCUUCUUGAAUUCAUUUUGGGUAUUUCUGUAUCGGUUGAUGUAGGGACCAGCCUCUUCUCUUGGCAUCAUGCGUAUGGCUAUGAGUUGGUUGAGAAAGCGGCUCAACAUAACUAUAUCCCUCUCUUGGUGCAUUGUUUUGCAGGUGCUCCCAUGCGAUUUGUGUCGCAGCUUGCAUGUUUUCUUAAUGAAUGGAUGCCGAAUUUCUCUGUGGCUGAGACGUGCUUGAUGAGGACUGAGUACGUGAGCAGGGACAUGUUGUAGAACCACGGAUUCUCCUCAGGUGAGCCGUUGACGGGGAAGGCAACUUCAGGUCCCAAAUAGCAAUCCUCACUGUUUCAUUUCGUUAACUGUUUUUGUCAAAAUUCCUUGGGUUUAUGAGGUUACAAGCCCAGACCCCUAGUAUCAAUUGUUAUGAAUCAAAUUGAGCAUUGAAA